AUGUCAAAACUUUCGAAAGCAACUGGAAACAUAUCUGACUAUAAUGAUCAAAUGUUUUUAAUUGUCGAUAAAAAUAAAUUAAAUUAUUCUUAUGUUCUAAUAACGACAGAUGAAAUAUGGACUCGUGCAGCUUUAGCACCGUGUUCUGUACUCAAACUGAUUGCCAGUUAUUUAUUAGUUGUAUAUAUUUUUGGUUUAUUACUUAAUGGUUUUGUAUUACAUUUAUUUUGUAAAGAGAAACAUUUACGUAAUCCAACCAACAUAUAUCUUAUUUGUUUAUGUGCAACUGAUUUUAUUGGUGCUCUAUUGGAAAUACCAUUACCAUUAACAUCAAAUUUUGCAUGCACUGUUUCAUUGAAUAAAUAUUAUAUGAUUGUUAAACCAUUGUCAAGGAAUAUCUUAACAAUGCGUACAACAUUUAUUUCUGUUGCCUUAAGUAUUUUUGGUGGCUUAUUUUGGUCGUUGACGCCGCUAAUCGGUUGGUCUUCUUAUACAUUAGAAGGUGUUUUAACAUCCUGUUCGAUUACAUGGCAAAGUCGAACAGUAAAUGUAAUUAGUUAUAAUAUAUCACUAUUUAUAUUUGGCUAUUUUUUACCAUUAUUGGUUGUAAUUUAUUUGAGUGCAUCGUAUACGCCAGCUGUGCUUAAAAAAUCAGUAUUCAAACCAGAAAUGAUGAUACAACUUGUUCAAUAUGAAUUCAUAACAUCAUUGUGA